AUGAAAAUCCAAUUCACCGCCACCUUUGCUAUCGUACUCUUGGCUUUGACCAGCUAUACUCAAGCACAAGGACGAUUCUUCCCUGUACCAGGAGGACCCUGCACAGUCUUUCUUCAAGGAAAUUUUGCACACCAAACUGGUAAUGGAGUAAGCUCCGGCUGUUUCGGGCUCGAUGAAACUGACCCUAUUCGGACUAUCAACGUUGGUCCAGCCGUGUCUAGCUGGACUCUCUUCUCUGACUUUAACUGCCAAGGGAACACACUUGCUAGUUCUG